AUGGAGAGGGACGCGCACAUUGAUGUCCAGGCAAGUGCGCCCACGCCACGUCACGCAGCGCGAGUGCUAAAGAUCCAGCAGGGAGCGCAAGGUGGCCUCGAUGAUGCUGACUCGGGCUAUGAGGGAAGCGACACGUCGUCGAUCACCACAACGCUCCGUUCGUCAGCGUUGAAUUAUACGCAAGUCUUCGUCCCUCCAAAGAACCUCAAUAAUGGUAGAAGAUACCAGCGACUAGGCACCGACGCCUACGCCUUUCCCAACGACGAACAAGAACAAGAGCGGCUCGACAUGCUGCACCAUAUUUUUCGUCUCGUGCAAGGUGGCCGGCUCCACACCGCCCCGAUCGACACCCCCCAGCGAGUUCUGGAUAUCGGAACCGGGACUGGACUUUGGGCACUGGAGUUCGCCGACGAGUUUCCAGCGGCCCAAGUCUUCGCUGUCGAUCUCAGUCCGAUUCAACCGGAUAUGACUGCCCCGAAUUGUACCUUCAUAAUCGAUGACCUUGAGCAAGAGUGGGACUAUCCGCAAAGUCGCAAGUUCCAUUACAUCCACCAGCGCAGCUUGUCCGGCAGCAUUGGGGAUUGGACGAGGAUGUACAGACAGGCGCUGACGUCUCUCGAGCCUGGCGGCUGGAUCGAGAUCCAGGAGUUUGAAGUCUGGUUCUACUCCCAGGUGCCUGGAGGCCUCCCAGAAGACUCGGCCAUUGUCAAAUGGCAGAAACUGGUCGACGAGGCCAGUCUCUCAUUCGGGCGGCGCCUCAACUAUGCGUCCCGGUUCGAAGCCCAUCUUGAAGAAGCUGGUUUUGUGGGCAUUCAGACGCAGAGGAUCAAGACUCCGAUAGGUGCGUGGCCGAAAGACCGCAGACUCCGUGAGAUCGGGGCAUACCUUCAGGUACAGAUGAAUGAAGCUCUAGAAGCCGUCACGCUCGCGUAUCUCACACGUGCUCUUGGCUGGUCGGAGGAGGAGAUCCACGUCCUGCUGGCGGACGUGAGGAAAGAAUUCAACGACAGGUCCAGACUUCUUUACACGUACUGCUGGUUCAUCACGGGUAGGAAGCCGGAACACGUGGACAAUCAUUAA